CCCUUUAAGAAAGCCGCGCAUGCGCAUUCCCAGACAGCGGAGUGACGGGCGUGGUUUGGGCGGAAUCCCGGAAGCCCCGCCUCUCGCGAGACCUAAGGGACAGCCCGCGCGAGAAUUCGUCCUUUUCCCUGAGAAGACUGAAGCCAAGAUGGCGGAAGUGGAGCAGAAGAAGAAGCGGACCUUCCGGAAGUUCACAUACCGGGGCGUUGAUCUGGAUCAGCUCCUCGACAUGUCCUAUGAGCAGCUGAUGCAGCUGUACAGUGCCCGCCAGCGCCGACGGUUGAACCGGGGCCUGCGCCGCAAGCAGCACUCUCUACUGAAGCGCCUGCGCAAGGCCAAGAAGGAGGCCCCACCGAUGGAGAAGCCCGAGGUGGUCAAGACCCACCUGCGAGACAUGAUCAUCCUCCCUGAGAUGGUGGGCAGCAUGGUGGGCGUCUACAAUGGCAAGACCUUCAACCAGGUGGAGAUCAAGCCGGAGAUGAUUGGUCACUACUUGGGGGAGUUCUCCAUCACCUACAAGCCGGUGAAGCACGGCCGGCCAGGGAUUGGGGCCACCCACUCGUCUCGCUUCAUCCCUCUCAAGUAACGGGACUUUGGGAAGAACGUGGAUGUGUCUCAAUAAAAGGGCGUCCCCCAGUC